CUUGUUAAUAUCAAUGUUGAAAACAGUUGUGCUGCUUAAUAUUUUUGUGGAAACUGAUACUUUUUUCAGGAAUCUUUGAUGAUCAUAAGGUUAAAAAGAAUAGCAUUUAUUUAUUCUUUACUGUCACUUUGUAACAUUAUAAACAGAGCUGGAUAUUAACUGAUUCCAUGUAAUCUGGAUUAUGUAAUCAGAUUUUAAAAAAUCAGUACUUGCAAUUAGAUAAUAGCACAUUUUAAUAGAUAAUAGUUACAUUUUUAUUGAUUACAUGAUUACAUAAUAUUCACACAAUAGCAAUAAAUGAUUAGUUAUUAGGACAAUUGAUUGAUUCUCCUUAAUUCUUCUUUUUCAUUUUAUAUAAGCCUAUAGCUUAUAUAUAUAUAUUCAGAAAGUCUUCCGGUUUUGUGGACAUUCACACAAAGACCAGUCACUAGUAAUUUGGCUAUAAUUACAAAGAAGAGUGAAAGAUCACACAGCAUUUGUGCUUUUACAAAAAUCAUUUCAAUUUUAUUAAAACUAUUUUCUCAAAAUUUCAACAUUGCAUCAACUAUGAACACUUCAUAUUGUUAAUAACAACAAAUUGAGUAUUUUUUCUCUUCGUAUUUUUAUAUCAGUAUGGUACAAGAUUGUCCUAUUUAAAUAAAUCAAUGCGACAAACAAGCUCAAAAGUAAUCAAAAAGUAGUCUGAUUGUAUUACCUAAAAUGGAUUACAUUUCUAUCAAAAAUUUUGUCAUGUAAUUUGGAAUCAGUAAUGGACAACGAUUUGCAAGUAAUCUACCCGGCACUGAUUAUAAAUGUCUUUACUAUGAUUUUAAUGAACAUUGCUGAAUAAAAGUAUCAUUAAAAAAAAAAAAAUCUUAAUGUCCCCAAACGUGUAAUGGUGAAUUAUUCACACUAGGAACAGAACUGGGCAUUAAGAAACUAAAUAUGGUCAGAUUUGCUUUGAUGUUGAAAUAAGCGUUUUUUUUUGGCUGACAUGACCAACCUCUCUUCUCCCCUCCAACCACUUUUCACAAACUUCAUAAUUCCUGAUGGAUUAAAUCAAGGAUAUAUGUUUCAUCUCAUUGAAUACCAUGUAUCACUCAUAACUAUACCACAUUGUGGAAGUAUAUGGUUUCAUGUUGACUUUAAACUGUGUCUUUCUUUUUUUAUUAGUUAUAUUUUCUUUCUAUAGGAGCGACACACGUGGACAAGAUCUCUCAAUGACAUGACCAGGAACAAUGCUUGACAAGACAACCUCAUGCCAAUAUGGCAACUGCUAAAGCAGCCUCUGGAAAAAAAGAGCAAGAAAGGUAGUGCAAGAGAGAGAGAAGACACUUGUGUCAUACUGAUGUGUUUCCAGUAGCACUGGAUAUACACUGUACACACAAACACGCAACCAAACACCACCAGGCUCUAGGACCCUGCGGUACACUGAUGCUCUACCGAGAAGAGAGGGGGAAGAGUGGGGGGUGGAGUGGAGCGCAAAAAAGACAGUGGAGGAGGGAAAGAGAGAUGUGGAGAGAGAAGAGGAGAGGAAGAUGCAAGGAUCCGCUUCGCUGCUGUAGUUUGAAAGUCUCGCCAAGGGGACUUAGAAGAGCAUUGGUGGUAUAAAUACCCAGCAUAAACAGGAUUAAAAGAGCAACUACUGACUCCAUCAGAGAAGUGUGAAGUGAGAGAGACAAGCAGAGAGAGAGAAUAAAGUACACACUCGUACACACAAAUGGAGAAUAUGUCUUGGUGCUGAAGUAUUGCUGAAGUUCAAACUGGGCCACUGGAUUCAUCUAUUUUGCUCCAGUCCCACUGGACACGCACCCACACGGACACACGGAGUUCAGGAUCAAUGGAAGAGCACAGUCCAAGUACCAGCAUGAGAGGUGAGGGGCGCCGGAUUCGACUCUGAGAGACUUCACACGGCCGGGAGAGCGUGGCGCAUUAAAAAUACAGGUCCCCACAAGAGCUUUCUGGUCUCAGCUAGUGCUAUAAAUCAAUAGCCGUGCACUCUGAUUUCUUCAUCAAGACAUUUCUCCUCGGCUACAAACAGAAUGGCUUUCUUGAGCACUUGCUGACCAGAAACUGCACUCCAGAGGAUACUAUUUUUGUGGACGUCUGAAGUCUAUUUCGCACUGCGGCUCUGAAAACACACUGGAUGACUAAAACGAUAUAUUUAUAUACAUGUGCAUAGCUGAUAAAGCUGAUAAGUCUUUCAACCACCUGUCAAUGUUCUUUUUUUACGCUUACGCUGACACUUCCUUCAAAGCUUUUGGCACUUCAGAGAAUAUUCCUAUCAGCUUUGGACUGUCUAAAUCGCAGCUAUUUUUAUUCCACUACAUAUUUAGAUAAAAGUCUCCCACUACAGAAUUCUGUUCAAAAUAUUUCGUCUGAAUGAGUGAGAGCAGAAGGGAGGUUCAUGCUUAAAAUCUUCACUAUUUCACAACCUGUCUACAGUUUGUUGCUGAUCAUGGUUUUCCAUCAUCAGAAGUGAUUUUUUUUCAUGCAAAAUGAAGCACAUUAGCAUAUUUAUGGGCUGAGAUAUAUCCAAUCGUGUACUACGUGCUGCAUGGAUCUUGCAUUCAGUCAUCAAGGUGAAGGAACAAAUAGCUUCUGACGUGUGAAGAAAAUGGAAUAUUAAAGAGCUCUGUGCAUUUAAACACAUGGACUAAAAUCAUGGUGUCAACUUGGGAGGAGAUGGAGGAGCACACAAGUUAGUUUCCCUGUUAAGGUUAAUGCUUGUAUCUGUGUGAAAUCAACCAAAAACUAUUUACGGUAAAUUGUUCAGCCGGAAAGCAUUAGUUGAUGUCAGAUUCAGAUAUCGGAAAAUGGAGAAUUUGGAUGAACUAGAACAUCCAUUGUUAGGUGACAGCAGCCCCAAAAACUCAAGUGGAACAGGCACCAGUGGUAGUGGACUGUUCAAAAGCAUAUUGAUGAGAAAUGAGGAGGACAAAAGACUGCCCUCUCUGGACUGGAGGAAUUAUUGCAGUUCUACAGACAUUCAACAGCAGCAGCUACUGGAUCCAUGUUCAUUGCCCAGCACUCUAGAGACUCUUUAUCCUCCCACUACCAUUUGGGCCGCUGCUGACUCCCUGGGCAUUCACAGUAAGGAGUAUCUGGAAACCACUUUUGUGGACAUUGGCCCUGGUUCACCAUUGGAAAGGAAGUUACUGGCGGAGACAAGAGAUGUCCAUAGUGUAUCCUACAGCAUAGAAGAUGGGGAUGACCUUUUGCCAGACUUUGAGGACUCCUCCAGUGAUGACUUCAGUGAUACAGACAGCGAAAGCAACUUUCCCAUCAUGAUCCCUCAAGAUUACCUGGGCCUGGCUUUCUUCUCCAUGCUCUGUUGUUUCUGGCCUCUGGGCAUUGCUGCGUUCUAUCUUUCCCAAAAGACGAACAAAGCAUCAGCACAAGGAGAUUUCCAGGGCGCCAGUGCAGCAUCUCGGCAGGCUCUGUGGCUCUCUAUCCUUUCAAUCGUGUUCGGCAUCGUCACUUACAUCUGCGCCAUCGCUGCCCUGAUCUCCUAUCUGUCCGGGAAACCACCUUAAAGACUACUGUAUCGGUAUCUUCUCUCAAUUCUUCCAGAAACGCACCUCCCUGGUUCCUAAUUACACAACCGCUGCUCCUUACAUACUUACAUUCAUCUACACCUGUAAUAAGUACAUUCAUUUGGCAGAGACGCCACCUUUGUAACAUUUUCUGCAAGUUCACGGCUGUCAUAUUAGAUUAAAAAAAAAUAAAAAAUGCAAAACACUACAUUUGGAAAGAGGGUAGUUUCAGCUGAAAUCUUAGUAUUUGGGUCAAAAAAUAUGACACCCACUUCAGAAAGAGAGACCUGCGCUCUAUCUUGGCGCUUGUCUCUUAAGUUGGCAGGGGAGGGAGUGAUUGAGGCCUAAGGGUUUGUUAGAAGGGAACUAGACAAGGACUGUGAGAUCAGGAGAUCACAACGGACUUGGCUGUGAAACAGCGGGACGUGCCCUCCGAGACACAUGACUUGAGCGAACUGGGUCAUUUUCUAUCUGAGCUCUAAAGCUGGUCAUUGAUUCACUCUCCAAAUCGAAAACACCACAGUAAAUGACUUUAGAACUCAGUUGGAAAUUGUCAGUUAGAAAACAAGUACAAGUUCAGGCAGAUUCUGCAAAUAUGCGGAUGCAUAACAAGUAUGCACAGGCGAAAGUUCAAUGCGAUGAGGGUAACACACACAUAUACACUGCAGCUUUCACUGAGUCAUGUCGUUAUGAGAAGCUUCUCCUGCAGGACUCUAUUCAUAGCUUGAUAAAUGUAGACUCUUCAUUUUCCACCUAUUGUACCAACAAAACCGUAUGGAGACACUUCAUAUGAUUCAACUGAACCAUGCCUGCAAACUCUGGACUGGUAAAAAAAAAUAAUAAUAAGUUGGUGAAUCAGGAAACAGGCCACCAAACAUUAUUAAAAACAUGCUAACUGCUAUUUUCUUGAAAUUAAAUUUUUUGGGUCAUUUCAAGUAUUAAGCAUUAUAACAUUAUUCAUGAUAAUUACGAUUAUUUCAGUAAUCUGCGUUGAUCAGCAAGUCUUUGGCAUAAACCACCAUACAAAAAAAUAAUGUUUGAGAAUUAUUCGACAAGAAUUUGGAUUUUAUCUUAAGAAAUUAAGAUUUUCAGUUGAAAUAAUUUUGAAGAAAUUCUGAUAUUUGAAUAGAACUUCUUGUUUUAGAGUCAACAUGUUUUGAAACAACACAAAUGCCUAUGGUAACAUUAACUGUAAAAUGGCCAUAAAAACAAUGAUUUACAGUUAAUAUGAUAAAGUCUAAUUAAAUGCUAAACCUUAUUUCAGCCUUUAAACCAUUUUUUAAGAAAAAGGAUGAAUCAAAAUGAUAAAGUUAUGUAAUUUAAAUAUAACUGUUCUGAACAAAAACGGCAAACAGGCUGAAUAAAAAUUCAAAUUCAACUCUCUGACAGUAUAGGUGCCAUUUAUGAAAAGCAGAAAUUCAGCGGUUACCCCUGUACACAAAGCAGAUGUGCAUUUUAAACACCAUUGUAUUGACAUUAUACAGAGGAGGAAAUGAAGAAAAUGCCAUUAAAACCCUUGAGAACAGUCAGUUCCUUUUAAAGCUACAUUCAGUUUUGCCCAAAAGCAUUGAGUUUGCAGGUAUGUAAACAUCUUUAAAUGACAAAAGCUAAAGCUGUAGUCAGUGACAUUUCUAUCACUGCGUGCUCUAUUUUGUUGUAGCACUCUACUCUAUUCUUAAAUCCAUUUUGUGGGCCUACAUUUCCCCUUGAUAACCUCAGAGGCGAGUGAUAAGCAGUGCCAAACACAACGCUUUGACUCAAGUGCUUUAGUUGCUACUAUAGGAAGUGUCUCUGAUAUGAAACACAUUACUGUACAUCGCAUUCUCACACCUUCAAAUCCAUCUGCAUUCAUGUACAAUUAAUGGCGCUACCUUUUUUAAGCAGUAUAUUCGUGUUUAUAAACCUAUUUUGCAAAUGUUCUGUUCAUUAAUUUGACUGGUGAACUGUUAACAAUCCAUACAACAGAUAUACCUGUAUACAAAUGCACCCAGGAUUCACUAAACUAUAUAAAAACCCGAUAUACACUAUCGUUCAAAAGUUUGGGGUCAGUUUUUUGAAAGAAAUUAUUAUUUUUAUUCAGCAAGGAGAUGUUAAAUUGAUCAAAAGUGACAGUAAAUACAUUCAUAAUGCUGCAAAAGAUUGAUAUUUCAAGUAAAUGUUGUUCUUUCUAUUCAUAAAAAAGGUAAUUGUUUUCACAAAAAUAUAUUAUUAAUAUUAAUAUUAAUUCAUAUAAUAUAUAUAAUCAUUUUAAAAUGAAACUGAUAAUAAGUAAUGUUUCUUGACAACAGAAUCAUCAUAUUAGAAUGAUUUCCGAAGUAUCAUGUAACACUGAAGACUAGGGAUGCACCGAUUAUUCUUUAUAAAUGAAAGCCGAUAACCGAUAUGUUGGCCGAUAUAUCGUGCAUCCCUACUGAAGACUGGAUUAAAGACCAUAAAAGAAAUAAAUUAUAUUUUAAUAUAUCCAAAUAGAUAACAUUUAUUUUUAACUGUGAUAAUAUUUCACAAUAUUAUAGAUUUGACUUACUAAUGAAACAAAUGCAGCCUUGUGAGGAUGAGAGUCUUUCAAAACAUUAUUAAAACAUCUUUCCGACCCCAAACAUUUGAAUGGUACAAAGUCUAUAUUCUAAUGUCAAGUGCACAAAACUACAAUCUGAAAACCACGUGAUUUAAAGGUUGAAAUGUGCCCUGUUCCAAAAGAUUAAUCUACAAAACAGCGGUCAGCAUAAACUGCCUUGGCAGGUGCCCUUCAUGCUCCCCGCAGUUAGAAAUUGGGUCACCUCAUGGUAGGAAAUUAUGUAUUACUUCUACAACAAGCUGCCCCAUGGAGCAGAGGAGAGAAGCGAUAGCACAGCCCCCUCCAGUAAGCUAUCAUUGCCUGUGUGGGAUCACAGAAGAGCACCACAAACAGUCCUCCAGUGCACAGGACAAAGUGCUGCGGUCGAGUCUCAGUACAGGAAUACAGACCAGAGAGAUCCUCUCCUGUCAUUAUUUUAUUCCUCCUCUACAUUAAUCUUGUGUAAAUGUGUAUGUAAAUUUUGCAGGUAACUGUU